AUUUCACGGGUUUAUGAAUACCACUCAAAAUUGUUUCAAAAGAAGUCCCUUCAUCAAGCGAAAGGCCUGAAUGCUAAACUUCAAGUUACAGAAAUUUUAAAAGUUCAGGCUGAAGAUCGUUGCUGUUGCCGUUCGCAGAAGUGUGCGCGCUGAUUGGCUGCCAAAUAGUACUCCAAAUCCUAUAUUCCCAUGCAACGCUGAUUAUAAAUUGACCUACGGAUUUUGCAAGCAACAAGUAUAAAAGCCUCUUAUUUGACCUAUUUAUUGAAUUUAAAAACAAUUCUACAUAUAAUCUACUACCUUUCCAACAUCUAAUGGAAGGCGUUUCGUCUAUUGACAAAUGCUUUGUUUUGCAUCAGUUGAGUGAUUUUAAAACAACAUUCCAAGUAUUGUGACGUUGACAAUCAAAUUCGAAUAGUUUUAUAACUUGUAUCCCAGAUAUAAUACUAAAUUACAGAGCACCGCAACAGGAACCAAGUCGAAAUGGCUAUUAUAGCAGAAUGCGUCCGGUUCUUUGUUCUUAUAACCCAACAAACUGCCUCUAAUAUAUAUGGUUUUUGUGAAAGAAAGGUCAAUGGURUAAAGGACCCAAAAACAGCAAUUGAAUUCACGGACGAUGAAAUAGCUAUUCAAGCGCAGUAUAUUUGCGAUAAAUACAUGGAACAAAAGUUUGCACUCAAAGAGAGCUACAGAGACGUUUUCAAGACUCCCACAAGCAACACAAUUUGCUCUAACGAUGUUCUCAAAACGAUGAUUAAGUUUGGUCGUAUUUUAGAAAAAGGAUACCCAAAACUCUAUACUGAUGUUGUUGAUCAACUCAACUUCAGGAUCAACUACGAAAUCGUCGUCUGCGGUUUGUUUACGUGUGUCUGUGAUAACAUUUUAGCCGAAGGUGCAACAUGGGCAAAGAUUGUGUCUAUGUACGCUUUUGCAGGGGCUUUGGCAUGUGAUUGUUGUAAAGUUCAUGAUUAUAAGACUGCCAAGAAUAUCUCGAAGUGGAUGGGGCAGUAUUUUCGUAAGAGGUUGAUUGGUUGGAUAAGAAGUCACGGUGGAUGGGAUGGAUUUGCUGCUCACUUCAACAGUAGUUGUCUAUUCAGUUCAGGAUCUCGUAGGUGCACAUGGAUGGAGGGGAUUAUGAUAGCAGCCUCAGGAAUUGCACUCGCAGGAAUUUGUACCAUUUUGGUGCAUGCUAGCAUAGGAUGACUACAUACCCUAUCGGAAGAAUUGCAUCGCGAGACCAGCCUGCGCGAGACUUAAACUCUUGAACUUCUGACCUUUUACGUCACUACUCGAUUUUCGAAUGCAUUACGGGACCAAUUUCAAUCAAGAUCACAAGUCUUACUCUAAUAUUAGUCUUGUUCAUUCAUCCAACAUAGCGACAAUAGCUUUUUUUCCCCGGGAGAUUCUGGUCAUGUGGUUGCACACCAGCAUCAAGUUGCCAAAAAACACAGCCCCGUUAUAGUUCAAUAGGCAAUGUGCAGCGACGCCAUUUUGUGCAGCAAACAAAUUGAGCAAAGCACGAUGGUAGUUGUAGUUGUCGCACUUUUCAUAGCCCUUAAAAUAUUUUCUUAAAAGCCGUUUUUAGAAACGACAAAUACUUCUAUUUUUGCUUAGAUAAAGCAAAAACUGGUUAUUAGGACUGUUAAGCGGACUUAAAAAGUAAGAGGACUACAACUUACAACUACCAACAUCACAAAAUGGCGUCGCUGCACAUU